AUGGUUGAAGCAAGUAAAUUCUGGUUUGAAAAAUCAUGCAGUGAUUCCGAUUGUCACACUUUGAUUCAUCCCUGGACACGGACUUGCUCCAAUGCAACUUCCUCUAUGUUAAUGAGUUGUAUAAAGGGCAGUUAUAAGUUUUAUGCUAUGGUGUACAUUAUACAAAUACUUAUGAGGGGAAAGAAAUUAACCAAAGAGGAUAUAUUGGAGCAAUUUAAACUUUAUUUAAAAUCUGGAAUUUUUGGUCUUACUGUUGGUAGUUCAUUUGUAACUUUAAAUUGUAUAUUUAGGAAACUCUUCUUCAGUCAAUUUACAUACUACACAACAGUUCUCCUACCAUGUACCAUAAGUGGAGCUGCAGUAUACUUUGAACCACCAUACAGAAGGGUUAUGGUUGCAAAUCUUUUUGUCAAUCUGGUUUUUGAAUACUGGAUACGCACACUAGAGAUGAAAGGCUGGCUUCGGCGCUCAGCUAGCCGGGAGACACUUAUAUUCAUGCUGGGUAGUUCUCUCUUCUUCUAUCUUAUGCGUUUAGACAGAGAUAAUAAAAAGAGGACGCCUUUAUUCUGGUUUUUCACUCCACCGCGAGUAUCUAAAGAGGUUGGCGAACCAAUGGACGGUAUUAAGGGAAGGAGUGACGCCUGUCCACAUAAGGGACCAUGUGUGAACUAUAUUUUAAAGGGUGCAGCGCAACUGUUCGGAGUAGGCUGUGCCAUGUCAAUGCUUCGCACCAUCAUUCCAAGAAUAUUGACGCCGGCUAAAGCUCUAAAGUCCUUAAAGCUGUCGCAUUUAAAACUUGGUGUUUUCUUCGGUGGUUAUAUAGGAAUUUAUAGGCUGAUAGUAUGUCUGUUAUGCCGCUCAACGGGCCGAGACAGCGCGUUACACGCAGUACCAGCGGGCUUCCUGGCCGGAGCCGCGCUUAGGGCUUCGCCCUCGCUGCCUAUAGCGCUCGCGCCUCUCACGUCUUCUCUCCAGAUUCUAGGUUCAUGGGGCUACCAGAAGGGUCUCAUACCAGAGCAGUGGCCUUUAGUAGAACUAGUCUACUGCAUAUGCCAGGGUAUACUCUUCCACGCCAGGGUAAUGCAUGAAGACGCCUGUCCACGCUAUAUCAUCAAUCUGAUGCAUACAGUUACUUCUAAUAAAGCGGAUGAAAUCCAGGGUGCUUUUAUCCAGAAAAUAUUAGCGCAUGGCGGUGGCAUGUAA